GUCUCUGACCAUCUCCUGUAGUAUGUCUGCAGUCUCUGACCUCCUGUAGUAUGUCUGCAGUCUCUGACCAGUCUCCUGUAGUAUGUCUGCAGUCUCUGACCAUCUCCUGUAGUAUGUCUGCAGUCUCUGACCCGUCUCCUGUAGUAUGUCUGCAGUCUCUGACCGUCUCCUGUAGUAUGUCUGCAGUCUCUGACCGUCUCCCUGUAUGUCUAUGUCUGCAGUCUCUCUGACCGUCUCCUGUAGUAUGUCUGCAGUCUCUGACCCUCUCCUGUAGUAUGUCUAGCAGCCUCCUUCACCAGUCCUGCAGUCUCUUCCUCCAUCUAUAA